CAUAUUGACAUAACCAUUCAUUCUGGUGGACGUCGGACAGUCUAGGUUGCCUGGAUCUCGAGUAUGUUCAAUGUGCCAUGGGUAUGUUCUAGAUAUCUGAUACGGUCUGUGGGCUUCACACAGCGCAAACAAUGGCGGAUUCAACUCCGGUUUGAUUCCACUCUCCUGGCCCCAGAAAUUUCUAUAUCUCCUAUUCUCCUCAGCCGGGCACGGUCAAUCGCCGAUGAGCAUUCAACCCUUACUUCCAGAUUGGCAGAAACCUUCGAUCCCAAAACAGCGAAGCGUGCUGGAGAGCUGGCCACCACGGCGACAACAUUGAAAGAAUGGGAGAAGGCAAAUGAGUCAAUCUCAGAGCUCAACAACCUUCUAGAAGACCCAUCCACAGACUCCGAACUCCGUUCCCUCGCUCUCGAAGACCUCCGAUCGGCAAAAGCAUCUCUCACCAUUUUGUCGAGCAAUCUCAAGCAAACCUUGAUCCCGCGCCACCCCUUUGCGGAUCUACCUUGUCUUCUCGAACUUCGCCCCGGCGCCGGCGGCGAAGAAGCUGGCAUCUUCGCCAACGAGCUCCUGCGCAUGUAUACUAUGUUCUGCUCCAACCGCAGCCUGCGCACCACUCUCUUAAAAAAGGAAUGCGAAAAUGCCGGUGCGAAUGGCGGGUCCGAGGAUCGAUUAAUCGAGGCAGUGAUGGAAAUCGAGACACCGGGAAGCUAUGAGACGCUUCGGACAGAGGCGGGUGUGCAUCGCGUGCAGAGAGUACCGACAACUGAAAACAAAGGCAGGACGCACACCAGUGCUGUCAGCGUGGUGAUUCUGCCUUCGUUCUCGUCCAACAUUGGGGAAGGGGACAGUGAGCUAAAUUUCGACGACCCCAAUUCCGACUACUACAUAGAUCCACAGGAAGUGAAUGUGGAGAAAAUGCGGGCAGGCGGGGCUGGUGGGCAGCACGUCAAUAAAACCGAAUCCGCAAUCCGACUGACGCAUAUCCCCACAGGAAUUGUGGUAGGCAUGCAGGAUUCACGGUCACAGCACGAGAAUCGGCGCAAGGCGUGGCAUCUCCUUAGGGCUAGGAUUGCGCAGCAGCGACGUGAGGCGAGAGAGGAGGAGAUGGUGAAAUUGCGGCGGGGAGUCAUGGGUGGUGUGGCAAAGAUGGGGAGAGGGGAUAAAAUCCGCACGUACAAUUUUGGACAGAACCGAUGCACAGAUCAUCGCAGUGGGCUGACAUUGCAUAACCUGGGAAGUAUCAUGGAGGGUGGUGAUGGCCUUGAGAAGAUUAUGGAUAGUGUGAGGGGAUGGCUUGUUGAUCGGGAGGUCGAUGAUGUGUUUGCGGAGGAGCAAAUGAAAAUGGCACAGGAGGCGGCGAAAAAGCGGGCGAGGUCUUGAGAGGACUUUGUGAUUAUUACCCCAUAUACAGUAUAUAAAUGUUGGACAUAUAUGCUUGAUUUAAUCCUUCAGGAAAUAAUCACAAUUGUCCUACACACUCCCGGAGGUUUUUUGAAUAUUACUUUUUGUUUCAAUCGCAAUGAAUGAGUCUAGUGUCUAUUUUCAAGCAGGGUUUAAACCCAUAUCAACCAGAAAGGUUAUACAAUAAAUAAGGUGGGGAAAAUUUAGAUGUACUUCCUCUCUGGAUCCAACAC